AGAGACGCGCCAGUCUCAGCGGUCUCAACCACUUAUCUUUUACCCCCAAGACUGCCUGUGGCUCAUUGUUUUGCUUUGUCCGUACUUGCUAAGCACUUAUUUACUAUUACCAGUACUUACUAAUGUUAAUACUUCUUAUCGGCUUGUACGGAGCUCUGGGCUUGUAUUGUCCAUGUUGACAGCUUUUCAGCCUGUACGACACGCACAUUUCGCCUGCUUCAUUGCGGUCACUUUGCUGUCUACUUGGACCAUCUUGACGUUUUAAUCUUUUAAUCACGGCCGGUGUGUGGUUUUUGUACCGCUCAUUUCGACCGCUUUUCGAGAACAAGUCGGUAGAUCUCGAUAGCACCUAACCACCUAACGCCACUGAUGGACAAUCCGUAAGGCGUCAAAGAAAGUGAAGCGACGAACUAGCAGAACCGGCUGUUUACUAUGGCAUCGAUGUUCAAGAACAGGCGGUGCACCCUCGAAAGGGCCGAGAAGUUCAUCAGCCCGCUCUAUUUUACGGAUGUCAAUCUGUACGGGAAGAUUUACGCGGAAACCAAGGACCUGACGAGCCUGACCGUUUUCUCCACGCCGGAUCGCAUUCCGUUUAGCGAUGCUCGCGAAAGUACCAGCUACGUCAAGACGUCAGUGGGCGCUCAGUUCGGACCGACGUGGACAACUUGCUGGUUUAAGGUUGUGAUCGACAUUCCUAACAAAUGGUGCGGCAAGGAAGUUCAUCUACGAUGGGACAGUGGAAGUGAAGCACUCAUUUGGAGCAUUGAUGGGAAGCCUCUUCAAGGACUGUCGGGUGGAGUCGGGCACCAAGAACGGCUGUUCUUUGUGCUUACGCCGUCGGCCAGUGUGUCCUGCCUUCAUCAUGAGUUCUUCAUUGAGAUGGCUUGCAACGACCUGUUUGGUGCUGGCAGCCCGACCAUGAUCAGUGCCCCCGAUCCAGACAAAAUGUUCACUCUGAAGAAAGCUGACAUUGCAGUUUACGACAGGGAGGUUGACUCCUUAGUCACAGAUCUGCAGCUGUUGGUUGACAUGGCGAAAGAACUUCCCAGUGACGGGAGUCGUUCUUACGAGGCCAUGUUUGCUGCAAACGAGAUUGUCAACUGCGUGGACUUGAGCAACAGGGGCUCGCUGAAGGCAGCGAAGGAAAUAGCGGACCACUUCUUCUCGCAGCGGAACGGGGAGAGCCAGCACACAAUUGUGGCUGUGGGAAACUGUCACAUCGAUAGUGCCUGGCUGUGGCCUUAUGCUGAGACCAAGCGCAAGUGCGCCAGGAGCUUUGCCUCUGCACUGCUACUCAUGGAGAGGUAUCCGCAGUACCGCUUUGCGUGUUCUCAGGCUCAGCAGUUGCAGUGGAUCAAGGAGGACUACCCUUCGUUGUUCGAGAGAAUCCAGCACUAUGCAAGGAAGGGGCAGUUCAUUCCUGUCGGUGGGACCUGGGUGGAAAUGGACGGGAACUUGCCCAGCGGGGAGAGCUUUGUGCGGCAGUUUUUGUACGGCCAGCUGUUCUUCGAGAAGGAGUUUGGUUCUCGCUGCAAGGAGUUCUGGCUUCCUGACACCUUUGGCUACAGUGCUCAACUGCCCCAGAUCAUGAGGAUCUGUGGACUGUCUCGGUUCUUAACCCAGAAGCUAAGCUGGAACCUUGUGAACAAGUUCCCGCACCACAACUUCCACUGGGAGGGGCUGGACGGGAGCAGCGUGCUGGCACACUUUGCUCCGGCUGAAACCUACAGCGCCGAGGUCACUGUCGCCGAGGCACUCAAGACGGUGAAAAACCUCAAGGACAAAGGCCGGGUGUCUCAGAGCCUACUUCUCUUUGGGCACGGUGAUGGAGGCGGGGGACCCACAGAGGCCAUGCUGCGACGGCAAAGUCGGCUGCAAGACGUUGAUGGCAUACCUAGGGUCAUCCUCUCUACCCCUGACGCCUUCUUUUCACACCUCGAGGCCGAGUCCUUCGGCAAGCUGGGUCGUUGGACGGGGGAGCUGUUCUUGGAGCUGCACCAAGGCACCUACACGACGCACGCUACGACCAAGAAGCUCAACCGGCGGGCGGAGCUGGCCCUUAGAGACGCGGAGCUCCUGUGGUCCGUCGCAUCCUCGCUCUCCGCGUCCGGAGCGUCCCAGUACCCGUUGGAAGACUUUGAGGCGUGCUGGAAGGACGUGCUGCUCAACCAGUUUCAUGACGUGCUGCCCGGCAGUUGCAUCGCAGAAGUGCGCCGAGAUGCGGAAGAAAUCUACACGAGGGUGCUGAGGAGAGUCGCACAUCUCGGAGACGAAGCCCUGGAGAAGCUUUUCGGCACGUGCAGCGACAAAACUGUAGGCGACCUGGUGUUUGUGAACACACUCCCCUGGGGGCGCAGCGAGGUGGUGCAGGUGCCUCUGAGCUGGGAGGAGCUCUCAAAGCGCUGCUGGAUCGAGGGCGUGGAUGACAACGCCAUGCAGAGGACCCAGGACGGCACCCUCAUCUCCUUUGCGGCCACCCCCAGCGGCUACCGGAUCCUGCGGGGCAUCUCGUCCCACAAGGUCUCCGUGCGAGCAGAAACUCUCCCAGGAGGCACGCGACUCCGAAAUCAGUUCCUGGAAGCGAGGCUUAACGCAUCCGGAGAGGUGACAUCCCUCAAGGUGCUGGGGGACUCCAAGGAGUUUGUUGCCUCCGACCAGGUGGCCAACACCUUUGUCAUGUUCGAUGACAUUCCACUGUACUGGGACGCCUGGGACGUCAUGGACUACCAUCUGGAGACGCGCAGGCCUGCAAUCACUCAGUUGUUGGAACCGGCAGCCAUCUUGGAGAGUGGCCCACUGCAAGCUUCGGUUCGUGUCAAGUUUGCUGUGGGCGCCCGGAGCACGGUCACUCAAACCAUUGUUGUGGACGCCGUGCACCCAUACGUGCGUUUCGACACCGAGGUUGACUGGCACGAGGACCACAAGUUUCUCAAGGUGGAAUUCCCGGCCAACAUCCUAAGUCGCAGUGCCACAUAUGAGAUCCAGUUUGGCCACCUGCAAAGACCGACACACUUCAACACCUCUUGGGACUGUGCCAAGUUUGAGGUGUAUGGGCACCGGUGGGUGGACCUUGCGGAACAUGGUUACGGGGUGUCCCUGCUUAACACCUGCAAGUAUGGCCAUGCGGUGCACGGCAAAGUGCUCCGGCUGUCCCUGCUCCGGUCCCCCAAGAGCCCGGACCCCGAGGCCGACAUGGGGACGCACCAGUUCAGCUAUGCCUUCAUGCCACACAAGGGCACUUUCCAAGAGGCAGGCGUGAUUCAGCAGGCAUAUGAGCUCAGCUCCCCUCUCAAGAUGGUCGUCUGCGACACUGAGUCAAAGAGCUCGGGUACCCUGGGCAAGCAGGGCUCGCUCUUGGAGUCUGGUUCCUGGUUCCAGGUGUCAUCCCCGGCAGUUAUCCUCGAGACGGUGAAGCAUGCUGAGCGUCAUCAGAGUGCCCUGGUGUUGCGGCUAUACGAGGCGUACGGUGGGGAGGCUAUGAUCACCGUAACAACGUCUCUGCCCAUCGGACAGGUGUUUGCUUGCAGUGCUCUCGAAGACAAGGGAGAACUAGUGCCCUGCAGUGGCGGUGUGAUCUACCUCAACCUGAAGCCUUUCCAAGUGGUGUCACUUUUGCUGUUCCUUAAGCCACAAGCAAAGUGACACUGUACCUAGUCACCGACAGACGGGCUAGCUCCGCAUUCUUAGGGAGAUAGGUUAUCUUUCGUGUUCUGCACUGUGUACACGUCGGACUGGGCUUUUUGGGAUCAAUGUUUAUAUGCUUUUUUAAUGCUUUUCGUAUCACUUUGUUUGUGGUCUAACAACACUUACUUUGGGGACCAUAGUCUUGAAUACAAGAGUUACUUUUAAAUAAGAGAUAAGUGAGAGGAAGAGAGUGCUUGCUGAGAAAGAACUACUGGAGUAGACCCAAACUGGCAGCCAAUGAUCUACCAUGAGGCCUGGACAAGGCAUGCAACUCUCUUUGCCAAAUGUCUCGUACCAUAGUUGAACCUUGAUCUAAUCAAGUCAUUGUUUGAGCUGAAGGCUUUGCUGAAUCGCAGAUAUCUUUUUGCUUAAUUAAGAGUUUUCAUUUUUUAGCAACGCAUUUAAUCUCCCAGGUUUCUUUUGUAGGGCCUCGCAUUUUGUAAAUGAUCAUUUACGAAUAUUGCUCCGCAAACUGUGCCAAUAUUAUGAGAAUGAGGUGCAUACUGACCGUCGUUUUAAAUAAUGUCCGAUACAUGUCGAACCAGUGAAGUGAGAUUGCGAAACAUGUCGUCAGGUGGCAUAACCUACCUGCCGAUUCUGAAUAGUUCAGGUCUGACAUUGUUGCAUUGAGUUUCAUACUUUUCCAUUCUAAAACCUUCCCGCAUCCAGUGCUGCUCUAUCUCAUUUGUUAGAGAAUACAAUCUGCCGUAGGGCUGGAGUGAUCCACUCCAAUAAGGUUUGGAAAACAGCCAGAGUCCCGCCUGAGCCGAGUUGGAAAAAUCAGUUGUCGAAAAGAGGGACACAGCUACAGUUCCAUUUCGAAAUCUCUGUCAAUUGGUUCAGUUGUCAACCUACAGAAGAGCCUGUUUAGGGUCCACCAUUUUUUCAAAUUCCCAUUUUUAGAUUUUUUUCAGUGUGAAGUUGCUUGGGCAUGGCACGAGUGAGCACAAACAUCCUUUCGAGCAACAAAGCUGGAUUCUGCUGGCUUCAUUGAGUUGUGGUGACCUAGAUUGAGUUCCUAAAAGAACAUUCGAUUUGUGCCCAUUGUGGCUUAUUUUUUGUCCCUAAAUUCAUACAAAGAAGCUUCUCUCCUUUACUUUCUAAUGACGUUCCUUGUUUCCAUGAGUUUCCUAUCAAGGUAUCCUCAAGCCAACUAUCCGGCAGGGGGCACCAGUUCUUUAGAAAGUGGUGGAUAAGCAUUGGUAGGUAUAUUUGGGAUGUCGUAACACGGCAAGAUGUGCAUCCGGCAUGGUCACAUACCUAGUCGGCAAGUCCGAUUUUGUUCGGCACUCACCACCUUUGCAACAAUGCUUUGCACUCGUUAAAUUUCACUUUGAAGUGAUUGCAUGCAAGCAAAGUCUCAGGAUUUUCGUGCACCAUGUCACUCAAAAAUGGUCUUUACUUGAACUGUUGCAAAGUGCUCUCCAACUCAAAAGCAAACAGCCAGUGCCUUUACUGAAAGGCACGUUCCUAGGCUUGGAUCUCCAGAUCUUUUUGCUCAGGGUUACACAUUGUUUAAAGGGGCCCUGCAAUGACUUUUUUACUAAUAUUUAAUUUGCACUGAACCUGAGCGCACUGAACGUAGUAACUCCGUGGAACUUUUCUUUUCUCGAAAUUCCUUUUAUUUUAAAAGUUAUAGGAAAAUUAAAAUUACAAAAACAAGCAAAAAAUAACCUCCCUUAUGACAUCCUUGGUUGCUUGAGAGUGGCCGUGAACUAGAGGAGAAGUAGUGAGCUCCUCGAGCGCUCACAGCUGCCGCCAACGUUAUUAAAACACUCAGUUGGGAAACUCGCCGUCGAAACCUGGGCUGCUGGCGUCCACAGAGACCGAGCUAAAUGCGACAACAGCGCCACUCUUUUUCGUUUGUGUGUACUAUGGUCACCUCGAGCUUUUUGAAAGCCUGUUUUUGCGUAAAAACAAACAGAAAAGACUCUUUUUGUAUGAAAUUUAUUGGAGUUUAGCACCAAAUGAUGGGCGCGUGAUGUUUUUAUCAUCUUUAGUUCGCAGGGUUUUGCGGAACAAUUAGUAUUGUUUUCAUACAACCAUGCCUCAGCGGGCCUUUCAGGUAGCGCAUCCCGCCCUAGGUGCAUUUUAACUUCAGUAGUUGAACGCGGCGCGUCCGCCGGGGGCACGGGGGUGGCACCCCUGUAACCUCUACUGCUGUAUCUGUUCUUAAAGCCAAAAUACAAGUCACGUGCAGUUCUUCGAGUGGCCGCUGCAGGAGAAAUGGGGGCGUUGUGUUCGUCAUUAGCUCGGUGUCGGAGACAGAUUGGGGCCAUUUUUUCAAAGCUUCCCAACUGAGUGUUUUAGUAACAUUGGCUGCCGCACUCCGUGUUGACGGCGCGAGAGGGCACCACUAAAGCAUGUCCCGGAUAGGCUCUCAUUGCAUUUGCAGCCAGAGCAGCCAGAGCGGCUCUCAUUGCCUUUGCUGCGCGAUUAAAUACUAAUUCGGCAUGACACUUAAUUGGCCACAAACGACAGCAAACACUGGGUAAAGAUCAGUUCAGAAUGGGAGCUACUUUGCACUGCCAUACCGCGAAAUGGCCAAACCGCAAGACAAAGCUUCUCGCCGAAGGCCUUCGGAAUGCUCAGAGCCGGUAGGAUCUUGCUGCCCAUACGACCGCAGCGCCGCCGUGUACAUCCGGGACCUUUCCGUGUCGGCGCCUGAUCCCACUACUCCUUUCUAGUAUGCGCCGCCUUUUCCACCGUUUGGUGGCAGGUAUGUCGACCAAUCAUUUCUUGUCUCCAUACUUUAUGAACUGCAUUCGUUUCUUUUUUUUUUACCUAAAAUACUGAACAAAAACUACUUUUAUAAAUAAUCGAAACGGUUCGCACCACUUACAUUUUGUAUUUCGACUAAAAAGAAGCUUUCAGCGGCUUUGACCAGUAGUAAGCCCAGGACCAAAGACGUCACAUUUUGCGCGCUUUCGGUACCGCGGGUCGCCCUCGUCGGUGGAGGAGGUUUCCGCGUCGUCCGGUUAAAAUAUGACGCACUGAUAUUUAGUUACUCUCUCCGUGCCCGCUGGCUUUCCCGAAUCCCAAGAGACGUGGAAACUGCAAAAAGGGUAGACGCUUAAAUAUGAUUGCAGGGCCCCUAGUUCAUGCACAACGAUGAAGACACGGAAAGCUUUGGCAUUGUAGACAAGUAUUGGCAUAGUUGCUCUGUUGGUCAUUAACCACUGUUGCAGGCUAUUGUUUUUUAUACGAGCUAUUAUGAUCACCGGUGGUUUCUUUUUUUCUCACUUUCUCAUAAGGUAAGGCAGGGAUCUCACUUUUAGAGCGCACCUCUUAGGCACCCGUUUCCAGGUUGAGCGGUGCCACUUCGGUGUCGGCAUAAUCGCGUGCAUUCCAUCAAUUCCUUCAUGGGAAGUCAUAGUUUUUCUUUUAGCAGGGAAACUGAAUUGGUGUUGAGGUCAUGCGAUGUCAAUUUCACUGCUGAAUUUAGCGGGGAAACUUACCUCACUAAAUUUGGUGGGGAAGCUUAACCCACUAAAUUUAGCGAGAAAAUUUUCCCACUAAAUUUUCUGCUAAAUUUAGCGGGGUAAGUUUUCGCAAAAAGUUUCUCGCUAAGUUUAGCGGGGAAACUUAACCCGUUAAAUUUAGCAGAAAAAUUUUCACUAAAUUUAGUGUGAAAUUUAGCUAAAAUUCCCUCCAUACUCUCCCCUCCUCCUCCUCAAGAGCUGUGCUCUAAUUUCACAUUACAGAGAAUUGUAAACGUCUUUCACUUUUUGUAAUGUUUGGUAUCUGCAGGGGCAUUAAAAUUUGUUUCAGUAGA